AUGUUGCCUGGUCCGUAGCUCUGGGUUAGGAUCACUCUUUAAUCGAUAUUUUUAAUUGCUCUUGUGUUGUAUUGUUGUAUCAAUGCCUACCAGCUUCAACGGCUCCAACACCAGCUACUGGGAACAGGUUGCCUGGGAAACGGCCGCAUGGCAACAGGAUCAGAGCCUGGGGGUUGUCUGCUGCUCGGUCUGCUCUCAUUUUACAUCACAUUUCCUCACUAGAUGGUGUGCAAGCCACUGGAGAGUAGAGUUCUUCAUACAGUGCCGUUCUGACAAAACAAACCUGGAAAACUCUCUGGAACGCCAUUUAUUGAGGUAUUCAGGGAGGCAAGAGCUGGAAUAAGAGCUUCGCUGAAGGUGUUUGUUGUCGACAGCGAGGGAAGUAUUGUAGCUGUGAUGGACACAAUGAUUGCGGUGCAGGAUGCGUCUGUCUCCGGUCAGUGGUUUACCGCUAUAAUUCUCAGUCUCUUCUGCUUUCUGCCGUCCUGUUUGCCUGCUGGACAAACUGUGGACUAUCCCUGGCUGGGAAUGGAAAAUGUGGUAAGCAGACAAGGGGACACCGCUCUUCUCAGGUGUUAUCUGUUGGAUGGUUUCUCGAAAGGAGCAUGGUUGAACCGUUCAAGCAUCAUUUUUGCCGGGGAUGAUAAGUGGUCGGUGGACCCUCGAGUGUCCAUUGUGUCAGGAGUCGGAGACAAACACGAGUACAGCCUGCAAAUACAGAAGGUGGAUGUUACUGACGAUGGCCAAUACACCUGUUCUGUACAAAGUGAACGCAAUCCACGGUCCAAGCAAAUUCACUUAACAGUAAAAGUUCCUCCUAAGAUAUACGACAUUUCGUCUGACACCACUGUAAACGAAGGCAGCAAUAUCUCUCUGAUCUGCAUGGCCAGCGGGAAGCCAGACCCCACAAUCUCCUGGAGGCAUAUAACCCCAUUAGCCAAGAAGUACGAAAGUGGAGAGUAUUUAAUGAUCAAUGGAAUCAACAGGGAUCAAGCUGGGGACUACGAAUGCAGUGCUCAAAAUGACAUCUCCUACCCCGAUACGAAGACGGUCAAAGUAACAGUCAACUUUGCGCCAGAAAUACGUGAAAUAAAGUCUGCUGGAGUGGGCCGGGGACGGACCGCUCUGCUGAGAUGCGAGGCAGCAGCUGUACCCACACCGGUAUUCGAGUGGUACAAAGGCGAUAAAAAGCUUACUAAGGGUCAAGGAAUUGAUAUCAAGAACCUCAGUUCCAGAUCAGUUCUCUCCAUGACCAACAUGACAGAGGACGGCUAUGGUAACUACACAUGCGUGGCAGCCAACGAAUUAGGAAAGGCCAACGCUAGUCUGCCACUGAUCCCAAUUAUUGAACCUACCACAACUAGUCCUGUUUCAAGCCCAGCUCCCAACACAGCACCAUAUGGAAGUACAGGAAAUGCAGAUGUCCUGUCAUCCUGCCAGUACCUGGUCCUGCUUCUCUCCUUCAUCAGUGUAUACUAGCUGAGGAUGGCCAUACACAAUGACUGUAAAAAACCCUUAAAAGCAUUUAUCGGUCCUUUGACAUUUUGACUUCUGGAUACAAUCUGGUACAGUUUGUUAAAAACAGCGUGGGAUAUAAUCAGCAUUACUUAUGCGGGGAUGGUUAUUUUUUUGUGGGAUUUCUCAUUAUGUAAAUACUUGAAUUUUAAUUUAAUUUAAUUUGUUUUGUAUUUAGUUUCAUUUGUUUGUUUGUUUGUUUUAUUAUCCACUUGGAAAAUUAGUACACAUUGUGCGCUUUUAAACGCACACAAAUGCUCCAAAAUUAUUUCCUGGGGUUUAGGAUGCAUUCAUUGGCAUUUUGAUUUUUGUUUGCAUAGAUGGCAUAAAAAGUAAUGCCCAAGGUAUGUGAAAUCUCGCAUUAUACAAGUACAUAAUUUGCAUAAGAAUGUUGUAGUCAGUGUUAAAAGUCCUUGAAGCAAAAAUAAUAUUCGUUCCGAUCCUACUGAAUAACCUUCAGCAAUGGAACAGCUCAGUGAGAUGGUUGAAAAUCUGUAAAGGAAACAAAAUGAUUGACAAUAUAAAUGAAGGUAGAUAAUAAAACUAUAUAGUCUGAGAGACACUGCAAAGUAAAACAGAUAUUUCCCAGACCCGAUAAGCCCUUAUCUCUGUUAAAGAUGUCAUUCAGAUAUUUUUUUUUAACAAUAAGACUUUUGCUUUUUGAAAGAUCAUCACGUUUAACAUCAUGUCAUUCAUAAUGAGAUACUCCUUUCUCUUAUAUUUAAGCCCAGCUCGAGGGCAUUAUUUUUAAAGGUGUAAUUACUGCCUGCCUUUUGACCUUUGAGGUAUAUGUUGGAAUGUGCUAUUAUUCCAGAUAAUUACUACAGUGUUGACUCCUUGCUGUUGGAGUUAAGGAUGGAAUAAUCAAUUUGCUUAAUUAAAGUCAGGAUUUAGUGCUAUGCAUUUUUUAAAGUCAUUUUUUACAUUUUCCACUGGUCAUACGUCAUUUCAGAAUUAAUAUAGCCAGUACAGAUGUAAAAUGAUACUAAUUUGGAAACACCUGCGGAUUUAUAAAGCUGAAAUUUUAUUGCAAAUGCACCGUCAUAUCAAAUGCUCUGAAAUUUUUUUGGAAUUCCAACUAUGAUGUUUGAGAAAUAUAAAGUGUGGUUAUAAAUAUAAGCAAACUUUUAUGGAUUCAAUUAACCAAAUUAGUGCCUCCAUCACUUCAAAACCACUGUAAUUCGGUUAGGCAUUAACAUACAUUAACAGAACUUUUUAUUUUAUUUUUAUUUAACCUCUUGUUCAACACUGUACUUUUCUUCAAAAGUGCCCAAAAUCAUGUAAACUGCUGGAAAUCCCUUUUACCUUUUCUUUACGGUUUUAAAAAUAAUUAUGUAAAGCAGGGGUGUCCAAUCUUAUCCGAAUAGGGCCAGAGUGGGUGUAGGCUUUUCUUAUAGCCCAGCACUGACACACCUGAUUCUACUUAUCAAGGUCUUGAUUGAAGACCAUGAUUAGUUAAUUAGUUGAGUCGGGUGUCGUAACGCUGGGCUAAAACAAAAACUUGCACCUGCAUCGGCCCUUUUCUGAUUAGAUUGAACACCCCUGAUGUAAAGCCAUGAAGAAUUUUCUCUAAGAAUUUUGCUCAAGUGUGCAUAUGACAUCCUUCAUUGCAACUUCUCCAUGGUUCCUCAGAGUGAAUGAAGCCAUUGUGUAGCAGGGAAAUCUUUGCUGAAAGGCUCGUAAUCCAUUUGAAGCUAAGUAUCAAUAAGAUCAUUGGCCAAACGGGUGAAUUUUGACUCACAGAUUAUGGCUAAUCAGGGUGUGGGAAAUACCUUUGUGCAUAUUCAAUGUCCGUUUUAUUUGUGUAACCCAACGGAAACCAGUUUAACUAUUUUUAAAAGGGAAUUAUGGUGAUUUCAGGAAAGGAAAAUAAUCAUGAGGUGGAAAAGAAACUGGGAGGGAACAGCGGGAGACACACAUUAUAGAAUACAGGAUAUACAGUACCAUAUGUUACAUGGUUGUUUCUUUACAUUUUUUUUAUUUUAUCUUACAAGCUUGCAUGGAUUUUGAUGGAGGCACCGACCAUAAUCUCUGUUUAUUUAGUACAACUUCAGUUCCUAAAACUAUGAAACACCAAUGCAAAUAUGGUCCACAGGACUUAAAUAUUUGUAAGGAUUUACAGUUGUUUAAUUACAUGCUAACACAGUUUAUAUGUUUUGCUGUCUGUUCAAUAUAUGUUGUUUUGGACUUUAUGUUUUACAUUUGGAAUAUUGUACUAACAUUUAUAUCUAAUUUCCAAUGUUUUAUUUCUCUUACACAAGUGAGAUAUUUCCACGCAGCUGUCUCGUUAUAAGUAUUAUUUUAAAAAUCCUUGCUACUGUUAUGGAAAGUGAAAUUUGGUAUUCCAUCCAAAAUUUUCCAAGUCAAUUCCAGUCAAUGAAAAACUCAGAGUAAAAAUGAACAAAAAUUAUAUUUUAAUUGUAAAAUUGACAUUUUACAUGGCUGGUUUAGGGAAAAAGAGACUUUAAUGUGUUCCAUUUAUUCAUCUGGCUUCUGUGAAUCUCCUAGUGCCCAACAAAAGAACCAAGGGAUUAUGUUUGCCAACCCCAGAACACUCAUGUUAUUGAAUUAAAACAGUGGCAGCAAACCUAUCCUUAGACUGAAAGCACAAGUAUUUGUCAUUAUUGUAGUGUUGGUUCAAUUUGUGUUUCAUGUGAAUUUGCUAUGGUGCAAGAAAAAUAUAAUGGAUUUUUGUAUGUGACUUGUUAAUAUCAAUUUGUCUGAUGGAUUAUAAAGUUCAGCACCAUAAAAUUGGUGUCAUUAUUUUACUUCAAAGAUGGGGCAGAAAAAAAGGUAUAUCUUUGGUAUCUUUGGUUUUGAUGAAACAUUUUGAACAUGGAUCCAAAUACGUGUCAUUACAACAACUUGAAAGAAAUACUAUUGUUUACAAUCUUGCUAGUUCCUUAGGUACUCUUAAGUGUUGUUUAUCCUUGUCAAAGGUUAAGAUUAAAAGAAAGUUCCCAAUCUAGAGAUUUUCCUGAUUUUCCCAAGGGUGAAUAAUGUUAUUAUACUAAUAUAUAAAUCAGUGAUGAGAGUGAGUAUUUGGGGAGUUAUUUUAUUUGUACCCAUUUAUAGGGUACAAAUCUUACUGUAUAUGGGUAAAUUCAGUAUUUAUUCUGCCUUAGUACACCCGUUGUGUACUACCAUGUGCUGGAAUUCAUGAACGUAGUGCAUGCUGAAUUAACCUGUAUAUUAAUGUGAACACUUUACUAAAAACCCUCCUUGCAUAGUUUCUAAUUUUCACAAAUGUGUUUGACUCUAUUAUACAGUAUAUUUACUCUUACACUGAUUUUAGGGAACAGCAAUUGGGGUACACUGGUGGCAGAAUGUGGCACAUUGGUUCACAGUGGUUUGCAUAUCUAUCGUUCUAUUUGUUUUAACUGAACAGGACGGAUAUAUGCCGAAGCGGUAGGAAAGUAAAUUAUGUCUAGGGUCUUAAAAGAACAUUAGUUGGUAUUCCUGAAUUCACACAAUUUUGUAUUUAGCAGCUAUCGAAAGUAAAGAAGGCUGUAGACUGUGUAAAAAGUAACUAAUAAUGUGGCACAGCAGCAGCUGUGAAAAUUGGAUAACUGACUCAUUUAAACCACCCCGUUAUAUUACGAUACCGUAAUUAAUGAAAGGCAAAGCUAGAAUACCAGGAGUUGCUCCACUCCUCACAGUUUAUGUGCUAAAAUGUUCUUACUCAAGUUAAUUAUAAAAACUAUGGAUACAAUACUUUGCUGAACCUUAUAUCUGAGGUGAAUGUAAUCAAAUAUCCACUGCUCAGUUUGUUAGAGUGUUUACAGAUAUUUAUUUGAAAUAACUUUUGAAAUGUGUGUUUAUAAAAUCAAUACCAGUACCUUUUUCUCACUACAAAAAUAUUUUUUUCUCUCCCUACUCCUUUACUGAAAAACGCUUUCUUUUAUUAUUUAUGCGAGGAAACAGCCAAUUAGUUGCACAUAGUACGCAACAUAAAUACCUCAUUGUUACUUAUUAAGCUAUGGUUACCUUUUACACUCUCUCUGGCUCUUCGUCUGCCAUUUAAUUGUUUCAAUACUUUCUAUUGCCCUAUAAUCAAUAUAUUCACAAAGCAGUGACAUCUGGUUUUUUAAAAAAGGUACGUUUCAAUGACCUCCCCUCACCCCCCCCCACCAAGCAUUAGCAUGCCAGUUGAUUUGUCCUAAUGGGUCCUGAGCCCUAAGACAAUGUGCACUUCGGACACCAGUGUGCUGCCAAACACAUUGCAUUCCUAUAUGCAAGUAGCUGAGAAGCAAGCAGCAUUUUAAGAAGGUUUGAAAUAAAUUUAAAAAAUGGACAAGGCCAAGUGAGAGAUGUAUGAUAAAAGUAAUAGAAAUGAAUAAGUUGUAGUAAUAGUAUAAUUGUGAAACAAUCUGGAAAGCCGUGGAUUGGCAGCCUGUCUUGUUCAGCACUGUUGGAUUGAGGGAACAAACGCAAAAAGAGAAAAUUGAGUGGAGGAGAGCACAUGCCCUAAAAGAUAGGAUUUAAACCAUGAGAUUUUGAUAUGCGCUUUUGAAGAUGUGAGUGGGUUGUGGCCUUUCUUGAAGCGAAUGGAAGUCAUAUUCAUUUUUUUUUUCUUUCUCUUCUUUUUGUCAGAAAUGGGCCUUUUCACAUUUAUGCAGUGGUUAUCCCCCCAAGGAAAUAGUGUCACGUGUCUCUGUGCUUGCUGAAUGUCAAGUUUAUAACCUUCAAAUUUUAGAUAAUAGGAUGUUUAAAUAUUUGUUUAUUUGUGGACAGGCAAAGACCUGACAUUUCCUGUCCUUUUUUUCUUCUUCUAUUGUAAUGCAGGAAGUAGCAUCAAAGCACCCACCUGGAGUCACAAUGAUUACUCACUUUCAAAGUUGCGUGUUUUCUAUAAUAAAUAUAAAGCAUUGUUUUGAAUAAUUAAUAAAGAGCAGUCAAUCAGUCCAUAUGGGGAACAAGUACUGUAUUUAAUGUGCCUUUAGUGUAUUUAAUUAAGAAGUUAAAUACCAUAUCCAAGCCUCAUUAAAAAACAAAAAAACAAUUAUUCCAGCUAUAGAUAAGGCCAUUACUACACUUAAGGGUAAUUUAUAUAAGGGUUAUAAAUGUCCAAAAGCACCUCUUUUGCCAAUUCCUUGCAUAUCACAAAUGUUGUAGAUACUAAAAUAAUAAAUCCAGAUCUUAAAAUGUUUAAUAUUGUUUUACAACAAUGCACAGCAUGUAAAGCUAUCCAACAUAUAAAACUUCACUUGGUUUGUUUGCAGUUGUUUUUUUUUUAACCAGUGUGAAUGUCUUUUAUCACAUCUUUUAAUAUUUUCCCAGCAAUGAUCACAUUUGUGUGAUAUAUACAUCACUCAAUAAAAAUAAAAUGAUACCUUUAGUUAGUCAACACUACCACUGUGUGCAAAACAGGACAUUUUAUUAUGGAUAUUUGAGGUCAAGAUAUAAACCAUUACCUUUCUUCCAGUAUCACAUAUACAAUUGUCUUUUUUUUGUGUUAUAUAUUAUUGCAUCAUGGUCUCAUUUAAUCUAUAUGUGCAUUCAGUUACAACACAUAAAUAUCUCAGACCUAAGACAAAUAUUAAAAUCAGACUAAUCACAGAAGUAGAGCAGUACAGUGCAUGGCUAUUGUGUAAUAUAGCUCUUCAUAUACCUCUUAGGUGGCACAAAACAAUAAAAGUACAUUACAAUUUCGCUUAAGAUAACCAUGUAUAACCACAUGACAUGACCUAUAAUGGAAAUGUGCUGGUAAAAAAAAAAAAGAAGAACAAAGAACAAAAGAGGUUUAGGUGUACUUUGCACAAACAGCGCAUUGUUUAGUAUGUGCACUGUCUGUAAUAUAAAAUUACUUGGUGUGCUGCCAUGUCUUUUUGGCUUCGUUAUUUUCAGGAAGCAGGCACUUCAUUUUAAGCAUCUGGUAUAAAUUAAUUGGCAUAUAAAAACAGACAUUUGUGUCAUGGCUGCCUGGUGGUUUCGUAGAGCUGAACACACCGAGCACAGCUUUGUUACUGUGGGUGAGAUGCGUCGCCUUUCAGGACAGAAUGGGGGGAGGAGGCACGUCAGAGUGUGUCACGAUGAUUAAAGUACUGUCAGGCUUGUGUUUCACUUCCUUUCCUGGGCCCUUAAAGAAGUAUUUCUCAAAGAGUCAAAAGGAGGGUUCUGGGGUGAGAUGACUUUUCUGACCCUGCAGUUAAUGAAAUCCUUUCUGUGCCUUUUUGUCAGAUUUUAGUGCAGGAUUUGGUCAGGUGCUGCCAGCCUUUUUCCUUUCCUAGUCUAAACGCAACACACUUAACUCGCCAUUACAAAUAAUUGGGGAGCACCUGCAUUCAACCUCUUUACAUUUGCAACCUAUGAUAAAACUUUUCCUUUAAGCCUUGCCACUACAGUCCCCAACAUCUGUAUGUACAUUAAUACAGAGUACGGAAGUGGUAUACUGUAUUAACUUUUUUUUCUCUCAUCCAACACUGUAUGCAUCAGUCUAAGCCACUCUCUGGUCCGCAUCAUGUGUCCUCAGUUUCCAAAAUACUGAAGUUGUGUUUCAUGAGUUUCCUGACAAAAUUUAUUCAGUCGUUGAUUAUGUUAUAAAGGUAAUACCCCUCUCGAUAAUACAAUAGCUGCCGGAAAAUAAGAAUGUGUGGCUUAAAAAGCUUUCCAUGAAGUAUUUGUCAACCUGUUUCCCAUUAUUUUCAGUGAGCUGGAAAAUAAGUUUGCUAGGCAAUGAUGCAGAGUUCUAGAUAAUUCAACAUUUUAACUGAGGUAUCUAAUCCCCGACUCUCUGAGAAGCUGAUGACUGAGUUACAAUGCAAGAAAUGUUUGAGUGUCUUGUGAGCAGGGGUUAGUUUUUUUAAAACAAACUCUUUUAAAAUGAACAUAUAAAGGACCGUUACAAAGAUCAACUGUUUAAAGUAGAUACCACCACUCUUUCUAGUUAUGUUUUGAUGGUUUACACAUUGAAUUACAUGACAGUUUUGACUCGCUGUAAAACCAAGCAUUGAAAUAUUACUUUAUAAUCAAAAAGCAAGCAUUUUAAUUUUGUGCAAACAAAUUACAUUUUCAAGGAAACCCAGGACAGUGCAGGAUGAACAUGUUACAGUGAUACAUGCUCUUGUUAUCAUCAAAUUCCACAGAAUAUUUCAAAAGAAUCGAGUACUGUAUUUCAUCUUCUGUUUUUUUUUUCUUUUCUGUAUAUAUGCUAAUAGUAUAUCAUUUUUUAACCUUUUAUAAGUUAGUGAUGAUGUGGAAUGGAUGGUACACCUAACCUAAGUCAUAUUUAUGGGAAGUUUUAUCAUUUGGUUAUUCAAAGCAUUAUUCAGACAAAUUUGUGAUGAGAAAUUUGAAAUGGUUAUCUUUACUCAAAUGUGUAUGGAGGUCCUUUAGCCACCAGGGAUAUAGUUGUAUAUUUAUAGGCUCUAGAUCACUGGAAUGACAUAUAUGGCUUUAAGUGGCAUUGAUAUAUAUAUUGAUAUUUGUUGAAAAAAGAAAUUGAAAUUCAUGUAUUUGAAUUACUUUAAAGCUUACAUUGUGUAUAGCACGUAUGCAAGUACAUUUUCAUCCUGUUUGAUGUAAUUUUGUAGCAGUGGUUUGAUACUAAUAAAUGGCAGUUGAUGAUUGAACUGUA